AGAACAAACACUGGAGAGAAGCCUUACAAAUGUAAUCAAUGUGGUAAAGCCUUUGCAAAAAGCAGUCAGCUCAUACGGCAUAAAAGAACACAUACUGGAGAGAAACCUUAUGAAUGUAACCAGUGUGGUAAAGCCUUUGCACAAAACAGUCAUCUCAUAAGCCAUAAAAGAACACACACUGGUGAGAAACCUUAUGAAUGUAAUGAGUGUGGCAAAGCAUUUGCAGAAAACAGUCAUCUCAUGAGCCAUAAAAGAACACACACUGGAGAGAAACGUUAUGAAUGUAAUGAGUGUGGCAAAGCCUUUGCAGAAAACAGUCAUCUCAUGAGCCAUAAAAGAACACACACUGGAGAGAAACCUUAUGAAUGUAAUGAGUGUGGCAAAGCCUUUGCAGAAAACAGUACUCUCUUAAGCCAUAAAAGAACACACACUGGAGAGAAACCUUAUGAAUGUAACCAGUGUGGUAAAGCCUUUGCAAAAAACAGUCAUCUCAUGAGCCAUAAAAGAACACACACUGGAGAGAAACCUUAUCAAUGUAACCAGUGUGGUAAAGCCUUUGCAGAAAACAGUCAUCUCAUAAGACAUAAAAGAACACAUACUGGAAAGAAAACU